AUGGCCGAUCCAAACGCCUCCCGCCAGCGACCCUCGCUAGGCCAAAUGCGCAGUAGCUCAUUCAUCCAAGACCACCAACAAUAUAAGCCCCCACCAGCAAUCAACCAGAACAUCGGCGAAGUGCUGGGUUCUCAACUCGACGAGAGCCUCACAAUCGCCAACCCUAUCCACCCAGACCCCGAACGAGUUCAUGACAGCGGUGUGAUCCACAGCAUCUUCAACCACCACACUAACCAGCUCGCAACCGGUACCCCGCGCAUCGUCGCAACUAUCUUCUACAAAUCCUCCAACCCCGUCCACCCGCAUUUCCACCCCGAUGCAGUCACCCAAGGCGAUAAGCUCCCUUCGCCUCGAGUCCCCGAGGGCUCAGCUCCGACAGAUGAUUUGGAGAAAAUCCCUCGCGAACCGCCCGUUCCGGAGCCAGAGCCUCUGGACCACAUCUACGGCCCUUACGUGUCGCAGUUGUGUCUGACCAACUUCUUACAGACUCUCGAGUCUCUGCCUACGCCUUACCAGCGCAUGAAUACCUCACACCGUUGUCUGGAUCGGGAUGCUCAUCCUCGCGUCGUGGAGGUUACUUUCUCCCCGCCGCCAGACCCAGCGUACCUCUCCUUCGAUGAUCUGCGCAAGCAUGAGAGUAUCUGGCGCUUUGAGCGCGAGUGGAACGUUGAGGUUGUUCUACAGAAGGAGAGUGUGUUCCGUCGACACAAGCGUCUGGCUGUGUUUGACAUGGACAGCACUCUUAUCGAGAACGAGGUUAUCGAUGAGAUUGCCAAGUUCAUUGGAGUGGAGAAGGAGGUUUCGGAAAUUACCGAGCGUGCGAUGAACGGCGAACUGGACUUCUCCGCAUCGCUAAAGGAGCGCGUUGGACUUCUGAAGGGCGUCCCAGCCGAUGUCUUCGACAAGCUCAAGUCCGUCAUCACUAUCGCCAAGGGCGCGCGAGAGCUUUGCGCUGCUUUGAAGGUCCUCGGAUUCAAGAUGGCCGUUCUGAGCGGUGGAUUCCAGCCUUUGGCUGAGUGGCUCGCCGGUCAACUCGGACUGGAUUAUGCGGUCGCAAACCAUCUCGAAAUCGAUCCGGAAACUCAAACUCUUACCGGUAGACUGGUCGAGAACAAGCCCAUUAUCGACGCUGCGCAGAAGCGCACUCUGCUUAAGUCCAUCGCUGCGGAGAACAAUAUCCCCCUUUCCCAGACACUGGCUGUCGGUGACGGGGCUAAUGAUCUCCUCAUGCUUCAUCAGGCCGGCCUUGGUGUCGCCUGGCGCGCUAAGCCUAAGGUUCAACUCGAGGCGCCAACCCGUAUCAACGGGGAGAGUCUCGUCGAUAUCCUCCAUCUACUUGGUUUGGAGAAAGAGGAUAUCGUUGAACUUUCUGAAAAGGCUCAAUGA